AUGGAUACAACCUUAAAACUGAGUUGUGAUACUGGUAUCUCACUUCCUGAUGAAGCUUCAUAUCAUCGCUUAGUUUGGAGACUUCUAUACUUAACAACAACCAGACCUGAUCUCACCUUGUCAGUGCAGCAACUCAGCCAAUUUAUCUCCAAACUAACUGAUGUCCACAUGGCUGCUGCUCAACGUGUUUUGCGUUACAUAAAAGGGUCACUUGGUGCUGGUUUAUUUUUCUCAUUUUCCUCUAGUCUAUCUUUGUCCAGUUUUGCUGACUCUAAUUGGGCAUGCUUCUCAGACACACGCAGAUCUGUCAGUGGUUACUGUGUUUUUCUAGGAAGCUCUCUUAUCUCCUGGAAAUCGAAGAAGCAAACAACGGUCUCAAGAUCAUCUUCUGAGUUGAGUAUAGGGUUCUUGCUAGCCUCUCCUAUGAGAUAUAGUGGCUACACUAUCUAUUAUCCGAUCUUGGUGUUCCCAUGA